AGAGUAGAGAUGGAUCGGGGUUGACGUAAGAGCCCCGUUCUACGCCGCUGCUGCGCUGUCGAGAGCUGCAACGCUGCUGGUCGGGAGCAGAAAAAAACAUGUUCCGUUCGUCUAGGAUUAGGCAUAUUAUACCCGUGGUUAUUGACAACGAUUGACAUGUGGAUACUAUUGACACGAUAAUAACAUCAUCGUUGACAACCUGCUUAAACAUGUACCACUCAGACCACAGAGUCAAUUUCCCUGACCUCUCCUUCAGCAUUCCAGGCCCUGGAGCCUUGGGUCUAGCAUCUAACCACUGAACCAACUCCCUGUCCGAAACCCCUCCACAUAUCCUAUACCCCCACCCCAGCACCCACACAGCUUUUCCCCCUGCCCCCUGUCUGAACCCCUACACACGGGUACACCCAGGGACCAUGGACAGCCCCCCCAAGCUGUCUGGUGAGACCCUGAUCGUUCACCACAUCCCCCUGGUACACUGUCAGGUGACUGGGGGCCGGCAGGGCUGUGGGUCCCUGAAGAGAUCAAACCCUUUCAGCUACCCAGAAACCCUGGGCUUGAGCCGCACAACCUCCCUUCCUGAGCAGGAUGUUCUCCAGAGGGAAGCCCUGGUGUACAGCAGCCUCAUCCAGACCUCCACAGGAGGAGGAGGAGGAGGAGAGGGAGAGGGAGGAGGAGGAGGAGGGAGAGGAGGCAGCACGGGGAGUGAUGAUUCGUCGGUGACGUCCAGUAACUGCGAGGACCAGGUGAUGGUGAUGGUGGCCCACACUAUGCCCAGGGUGAAGCCAAGGGAACAGGUCAACAACCCGCUCCGGCUCCGUCACAACCCUUUUCUGCUCAACACGGAGGAGGAUGAUGAUGAUGAGGAUGAGGAAGAUGAUGUUGAUAACCUGAAUGGUUACUUGGAAGACUCCUCCUUUCAUCUCCAUGGCAAUACAAACUCCGCCCUGGACGAGGAGGGAGACGGGAUUGCACCCUUUCACCUCCACGACCUGGGGUCCACCACACACAAGCCCUUCCUGUUGCACAGCACCCUGGGUAAGCACUCUUGGGGCUGCUCAGGGAGGCUGGACUCCCUUAGGGGCGUGUCCUCUGAUCUCUCCACCCACCUGGAGGGCCUGGACCUGCUGGGAUUGGACAGUCCACGUCGCCACGGCAGCAGUGGCUCCACCCUCUCCAUGGACUGCGGAGAGCAGGAGUGGGGUGAGGAUGAGGAGGAGGAAGAGGAUCACCCAAUGAGGGGUGGGGGACGGGGCAGUAGCCAAGCUAACUCCUCCUCUGGCUCUGGCACCACCCACCAGCACUGCUCCUGCUGCGGCCUCUCCCAGACAUAUCUUGAACACUUCCCGGAACCGUUUUCAGAGUCGUCGGAACGCCAGCUGGGCUACGCCAGCGACUCUUCCUGUAACAGCUCAGAUGGCGUGCUGGUUAACUUCAGCGCCAUCUAUAAUAACAUGAACAACAGUGUCCCGGCAACCUCUACCAAGCCACCACCUCUGGCCACCACGACCACCAACCUCAACAGCUCCACCGACCAAUCUUGCACCUCCUCUGUCUGCAUCUGCUCAGUGCUGGAUGAGGAGGCAGGGAGCCGAAGAGGCUCCGGAGGUGGGGGGGCUUUCUACCUAGACCUCCACACCUCCCCCACCGAACCCCCCCACCUCCACUCUCAACAACCCCCCUGCCCCUCCAACAACACCCUGCCGUUACUCAUCGAACCACACUCUCACCCUCACCCCACCACCUCCUCCUGCACCUGCUCAGCUGAACACCAGGGGGCUCUAGACCUGGACGCCAACUGCAACUCCUAUCACCCCCCCCACUCCGACUCAGGAAGUGACCUCAUGUCCUGUCUGCAGAGCCAGGCGCGUCUGGUGGUAACCACCCAGAACUACUACAAGCUGGUGACCUGUGACCUUUCGUCUCCGUCGCCCCCGAGCCCUGCGGGAAGCGCCGCAUCGGUUACCAGCUGCUCUGACGAGCACAGCAAGGAUAGCCCCGCCCCUGACACACCCACCGCCACCCAGCCAACCGAAUACUACCUGUUCAGCCGGCCACCGGAGGGAGAGGAGGAGGAGGAGGAAGAGGAGGAGGAGGGUGGAGAGUCAUCACAGCGUGAUGAAGAUGAGGAAGAACAUGAUGACGACGAGCAGGACGGGAAGAAGAGGAAGCAGCAGCAGCAGAUGGGUGGAGCCUGUUCAGACCCAAUCAUUGAGGGCCAGGUGUACGUCAACAUCUCCCCUCCUGUGGUUGGCCGAGGACCCAUCGGAGGUGGGCCCAGCCGCCCCCGUUCCCGUAGCUACGACCGGAACCUGGACAUGUCCCCGCCCCCUCGGCUCGGCUCAUUGGAGCGCAUGCUGAGCUGCCCUGUCCGUCUCAGUGAGGGCACCGCCCCCCUGCGCCCGUCCACUCUGCCGCGGGUCACUUCCUUUGCAGAGAUCGCUAAGAGCAAGAGGAAAAAUGGAGGAAGCACUGGCUCUCCUUCUCUCAGGAUGGGGGGAUGUUCAGAUCCCUUCUCCUCCACCCACUCGGCCCACUCCCACUCCUCGGCCGACUUCUCCCCCAUCCUGGAGGGCCUGGGUCAGGGUCCGAGCCACAGCCACAGUUUGCCCUUCCAGCGCUGCUACAGCCAGGGCAGUGUUGACCGCCACACACCUGGUGGUGGCGCCAGAGAGACACGCUCCAAGGCCGAAGGUGGUCUCUCCAGCUCUUCAUCCAGCUCAGCAGUGGUACGUUACACUAAAGACCAGCGUCCCACCACCCUCCCCAUUCAACCCUUCACCUUCCACCACGAGUUCUCCAAGCCGCCCCAGCCCCUGCUUCCCCUGCUGACAGGCUACGUCUCUGGGAUGCAGGCCCGGGGUGGAGGGCCUUCUGGAGGUCCGGAGGGGGGUGAAGGCGCCAACGACCCAGGGGAAGACUCGAUGCGAUGGUGCCAGGGUAGUGGUGGUGAUGGGAUGGUGUCAGCGGUGGCUCGCCUUGGUCCUGGCUCGGUCCGGCCCUCACCGCUGGGUAGCUAUUCCCCGGUCCGCCUCCAGGGAGCGACAUCCAGCUCAGGGACCUGUUCUACCUGUACCCCCAGCCCCCAGCCACCUCGUAGCCUCUCCUGCCCCCUCUCCACUGGGCUCCUGCCACUUCACCAUACCCCUCCACCAGCAGCACCACCGGCAGCUGCCCCUCUGCCACCCACACCUCCGCCCCCAACAUUGGGGGUGCAGGGUGCGGUGCCCCCCAUGUUGCCUCCGGUGCAGGGCCAGGUGCAGGGUCACCACCACCACCGUGGGACCCUGCCCACUUUACCGGCCGUUCCCCAGGACAGUGAGACUUCGCUGGGAUACGAGGAGACGACAUUAGACUCCCUGGAGGGGAGCAGAGGACCAGGGCCCAGGACACAACAUGGGCACCACCUCUCUCCACAGACUCUGAAAUGGAGGGAGUAUCGUCGAAAGAACCCAUUAGGGGUGGAGAGGUGUUCCUUGGGGGGCUCUGCAGGGUCAGGUGAACCGCCUCUAUCCGGCAGUCUGGAUGGGAACGGUCAUACGGGCGGGGCCGGGGCUCAGCGAAUCACACGACGGAACGUGUUUGACUUCCCUCCGGCCUCUAGUGGCCACGCCCCCCAGGGACGACUCAACGGCCAGUCUGUGAAGCAGCUGCAGCAGUACUACAGUGACUUCCUGCCAGACUACUUCUCCCUGACCGAGCGUCCUCCAGAAGAGUUCUGUCUAUCUCCGGAUGCCUCCUCUUCCUCAUCAUCCUCCUCUUCCUCACAGUCCCACAUCGCUGUGGACCUGCAGCAGAAGAGAGGUUUAGUCAAAGCCAUUAAUACAGCGGUAGAUUUAAUCGUAGCUCAUUUUGGCACCAGUCGGGAUCCUGAUGUGAAGGCAAAGCUGGGUAACAGUUGGGUGAGUCCCAACGUGGGCCACUUGAUCCUGAAGUACCUGUGUCCGGCUUUAAGGGAGGUGCUGGGGGAUGGGCUGAAGGCCUAUGUCCUGGACCUGAUCAUAGGACAGAGACGCAACCAGCCCUGGAGCCUGGUAGAGGCCUCCACACAACUAGGCCCAUCCACCCGUGUUCUCCACAGCCUGUUCUCCAAGGUGUCCCAGUACUCAGAGUUCACCAGCCACAGUAUGAGACUGAACGCAUUCAUCUUCGGACUGCUCAACUUGCGAUCUUUGGAGUUCUGGUUCAAUCACCUCUACACUCAUGAAGACAUCGUAGCGACCCACUACCACCCGUGGGGUUUCCUGCCGUUGUCCCAGAGGCCCUGCCAGCCUCUAUUCGAGGAGUUCCUUCUCCUCCUGCAGCCUCUAUCCCUGUUGCCCUUUGACCUUGACCUGCUCUUUGAGCCCCGAUUGGUCCAGAAGGGCCAGGAACACCGUAGACGCAAGGAGCAGCUCUGCUCCGCCUCCACCGGCGAGGACCUGGACCAAUCAGCACUCUCCACCUUCCAGCUCAUGAGGGGGUGGAGCACAGAGUCACGGAGGGCAGAGUCUAUGAGAGAUACAAGGGAAGGGGGCGGGGUGGGGAAGAAAGAGAGGCUGGGUCUGAGACGAGAGGGAACAUGGCCUAGGAUGGAAGGGGUUGGAGAGAGAGGGAGUAGAGAAGGGAUGAUGCAGAGGACAGGGUCUAGGAGAGAAGGGGCGGGGAUGGAUCGUUUAGGAGCAGGACUUUUAGAAGCACAGCCAAUGACGACGGAAGUAGGGACAGGGUUUGCCAAUCUGUGGAGGGAGAGUGGGAGGGGGAGGGGCAUAGUAAAGAGAGCAAAGGGGGUGGGAGGAGAGAGCCAGAGGGAAGGGGAAAGUGAGGGAGGGAAGGAGGAGAGGAGGAAGGAGAGAGAGAGGGAUUGGGCGGAGGAGGGUCGUCAGCGGCAGGAGCGUGAUCGUCAGGCGUGCUGGUGGUACCAGCUCAUGCAGAGCUCCCAGGUCUACAUCGACCAAUCAGCUCAGGGGGGCUCAAAGUUUGUCAAGACUGAGAAGAGGAAGAAGUCUGCGGAGAGGCGGAGCCAGCUCCCGCCCCCCAGGGAGGGCGUGGUGGAAGGGGCGGAGUCUAGCCAGGAUGAGGAGGGUCUCAGAGAGAGAGGGAGAAGCAGGAAGAGCAUCUCCAGCUCCAGUGGUGAGUGGACGGGAUCCAGGGGAAGAGGAAGACUCUCCUGGAUGGGGAGUCCCCCAGAGUCACUGCUCACCCAGGACAAGGAGAACGAGACGGAACUGGGGGCCCCAGUGACAGGAGCACCAGAGGCCUCAGUGGCCCAGCCAGCGGCCCAGGCUGAGUGUCCCUCCCAGGGCCAGGGCAUGCGUUGGGGGAGGCUGUUUGGGUCCAGCGUAGGAGGUGGUGGCACCCCCUGCAGGCCAGAGCAGAGAUCAGCCAAAAGUCAGAGCAGGCUGCCGUCCGGCUGGCUGACAGGUCUGGACAUGUCCGUGCUGAACUUCGUAGCUCAGACGGUGGGGGCGGGGACAGUUAAGAGGGUGGAGCCUUCAGCUCCUAUGGCCCCUCCCACUCUGAACCAACCCUCUCCACCUCUUCAGACAACACAGGAGAGCCACACCAAACAACCCUGUGAAGUGCGAGCCCUGUGCCACCACAUAGCCACGGAGCCUGAUCAGCUGAGUUUCCAGAAAGGGGACGUACUGAGGGUCCUGAGCCGGGCCGACUCCGACUGGCUCCUCUGCUCCCUGGGGGCCCAACGGGGCCUGGUGCCUUUCAUCUAUGUUACCCUAAGGGGCAUGGAGGAUAGCCAGGCGCCACAAUGGCCUCAGGGGCCACACUGACCUGACAGACUCAACUAGGGUUCCAAUAUUCUGUUUUUUCAGAAAUCACUGUUGGGAGAUUCCUGGAAUCAAGAGGAAAUAAGGAGGAAAUCUGUGUUUCCUCCAACUGGGAUUUCUGGUAAAUCUAGGGAUUUUGGGAAAGUUAGCCCGAACCGAGGGGCCACAUUAAGGAAGGGAGAGUGGAGAAAGGAGGAAAGGACUCAGAGGGCCAAAUAUGGACGUACAGUAUAUAUUCACUGGGUGGAUAAAAGACGAUGGAUACUCAUGGAGGAUGCUGAUAUGACUGAUUUAAAGUGUAAUUAUUGUACUGUGGGAUGAGUACGAAACACAGACAGAUACAGAUACAGAAAGACACACACACACACACACACACACACACACAUACACACACACACACACACACAUACACACACACACACACACACACACACACACACACACACACACACACAGAGAGAAACAGAUGUAAACAUGCAUGUAUGUACAUAUACAUAUACACACAGGCGCGAACAAACAGACUUCUCUACGCAUGCAUCUACACUAAUCUCAUGCAUGCAUACAUUCAAAAACUAUACUCACUCACACGCGCGCACACACACACACACACACACACACUCGCACGCGCACACACACACACACACACACUCGCACGCGCACACACACACACACACACACAGACACACACACACACACCAAACCAAAACAAACUGUAUGGGAAUACCAAACAGAGACACAUGGCUAGCUACAGAGUCUCCCUCCGCUCAGCCAAUAUAUAUACAGUAUAUACCACACCUAGCUGUGCUUUCCUUUACCAUGCACCAGAACUAUACUCUAUCAAUCACCUAGCUGUGCCACACUUUGAAUGCAGAUGCUAAUGCUAAAUGCUAGUGCAAAUGCUAGUGCUAGUCCUUGUCCUAGUGCUAAAUACAAGUGCUAGUGCUAAAGCUAGAGCUAAUGCUAGUGCUAAUGCUAAUAGAAAACUUCAGGAGACUGGUUAAAGGACUUGUCAUUUAAUGUAUCCACACUGACGUCAUGCUACUUGAUUUAGUUCAUUAGCCCAGAGUACCCCUGCUUUGUAGUAGGAUGCUAGUAUGAAAAGUAGUGUUGUUACAAAACAGAAAAGAAGAAAAAAAUAGACAAUAUUGUUUGUGUGAUCUAUCUCUGGGUGUGUCUUCUGACAGCUGUCGUCGACUCUCUGUGUGGGCUAAAUACAAAUGGACAGACAGAUAAACCGGUUUGAACUGGCUUCAUUAAUUCCUCGUCAUCUGCAAAUUCCUGAUACUCAUCAUCUUGGUAACACAAUGAUUUUGGAUGGACUUAUAAACCUGACUGAUUAGACAAAGCCAACAACAUCCUCUGGUUCCUCCCUUCACUUCCUGUUUGUUUUGAUGGAUGGGAUGAACUGACCUAUCACUGCAGUUGUUGGGAAGGAAAAGGGUGGAGCCGGGCCUAGUGCAUGUAACCUAGCAACAAACUGACAAUGUUUUUGUGUCUUUUCAACUCUUCUUCACCCCUGUUCGAACCCUAAAACCCUUCGAACCCCAAAGCUCCUCCUACCUGCUCCGCCCCUCUCUCCUUUAUCCAAUAAAACUGCACAGCUUUCAGGAGGAUACUGUACCUCUGGUACAGAGAAAAUGAAGAGUUUCAAGAGGCUAUGAUAAGCUAUGAGCUGUAUGUGUCUAUAUAUAUAUAUCCAUACUGUAAAUGCAUAUACAACUUACUUAUUUAUUGAUUAAUGACUAAUGACGAUAUAAUUUAUUAUCGUUGAGGGAAACCGUGUAGUAGAGGUGGAUAAAGAAGGAAGGAUGUCGAAUGAAAGCAACACAUGGCUUUGGAGGUCUGUUCAGGUGCUUUGGUGAGUUUUUCUGGGAGAAGGCUAUACAAACCAAUGGAGAGGCGGAGCCAGCUCCACCCCAACCUCCCUAUACUAAAACGCUCUAAAAGUGGGCUUUUCUAAAACAUAAUAGAAUUACACUGAAUGUUUUAAUUUCAAGCAAUUAUAUACUUCAAAUGAUUCUGAUUGGUUGUAUGUAAUUGAGAAAAAGAGUGUUUAUUGCGUAUGCCGUAAAGUGCUUGAGAAAGAACCACGGGAGAGCUGAUAUGCUGGACGUAUUUAGCCAUGACCAUGCCUAUGGUCCCUACAUGAUGUUUUAUAUACGCGACGGUGCGUCCAACCAGCCACUUUCCCUGGGUUUCAGUCCUGAGAGGUCUCAGGUUUUCUGGUCGUGAAAUAUUUUUGAGGAUAGGAGGCAUUUUAGAAGAAACCCCGACGCAUUUAUUGGAUUCAGAUGUUUCAAAUGUUGCCUUCGGUUCAGAUUGAUCUGUACAGGUAAACUAGGUUCAGAUUGAUCUGUACAGGUAAACUAGGUUCAGAUUGAUCUGUACAGGUAAACUAGGCUCAGAUUGAUCUGUAUAGGUAAACUAGGCUCAGAUUGAUCUGUACAGGUAAACUAGGUUCAGAUUGAUCUGUACAGGUAAACUAGGUUCAGAUUGAGCUGUACAGGUAAACUAGGUUCAGAUUGAUCUGUACAGGUAAACUAGGUUUAGAUUGAUCUGUACAGGUAAACUAGGUUCAGAUUGAGCUGUACAGGUAAACUAGGUUCAGAUUGAUCUGUACAGGUAAACUAGGUUCAGAUUGAUCUGUACAGGUAAACUAGGUUCAGAUUGAGCUGUACAGGUAAACUAGGUUCAGAUUCAUCUGUACAGGUAAACUAGGUUCAGAUUCAUCUGUACAGGUAAACUAGGUUCAGAUUGAGCUGUACAGGUAAACUAGGUUCAGAUUGAGCUGUACAGGUAAACUAGGUUCAGAUUGAUCUGUACAGGUAAACUAGGUUCAGAUUGAGCUGUACAGGUAAACUAGGUUCAGAUUGAUCUGUACAGGUAAACUAGGUUCAGAUUGAUCUGUACAGGUAAACUAGGUUCAGAUUGAUCUGUACAGGUAAACUAGGUUCAGAUUGAUCUGUACAGGUAAACUAGGUUCAGAUUGAUCUGUACAGGUAAACUAGGUUCAGAUUGAGCUGUACAGGUAAACUAGGUUCAGAUUGAUCUGUACAGGUAAACUAGGUUCAGAUUGAUAUGUACAGGUAAACUAGGUUCAGAUUGAUCUGUACAGGUAAACUAGGUUCAGAUUGAUCUGUACAGGUAAACUAGGUUCAGAUUGAUCUGUACAGGUAAACUAGGUUCAGAUUGAUCUGUACAGGUAAACUAGGUUCCGAUUGAGCUGUACAGGUAAACUAGAGCUGGUAAAAAAUGAUUAAACCCUAAUAUGAUGUCAAAACAUUGUGUUUUAAGCCCCAGAUUAGGGUUUGUAGAGCCUAAAUAAUCCACAAUGAAAUUAUGUAGAGUAACAUAAAAAAUGAAAGGUUAGAAAAACUUAACAUUUCCGGGACAAAUCCACAAGGACAAGAAUUAGGUUCAAUCAGAUAAGAGUUAAUCUAGCUUGUAGAUAAAGUUAUAUUAUUACUCUUAAAAAUGUAUUUGUAAAAAUGUAUUUUGUUUUUUUAUUUUGUUGUACAGUUUUAUUUUUUUAUAUAUAUUUUUUCUUCAUUUGUUUUUAUUUUACAUAAAUGAUUUAAAUAUUUUGUUAAAUCUAAAUUAAAUAUAUUUAAUAUCUUCAAUAAUUAAUUUUGAAAGAUAGGGGUUGAAGCUAUUGAGAUACGGAUGUUAACAACUGUACUUUAAGACAUUAUUGCGUAAAUAACAAGCAUUUUAAAAUGUGAGUUAGUAUCAUGUUAUGGGCAAAGGACAUAACAUAUCAUAUUAUGUUAAAUGCCAGUUAUGGGGAUAAAUACCUGCCCAAAUUAUUAUGACACAUAUCUAUCUUCAUAGCUUGAGGAAAGAUGUCUGAUGUGCAGAACAUUUGCAGGAAAUGCAGGAUAUGCAGGUCAGGAUGAGGUUUUUGUUAGUCUUCCAGGUACAGUUUGCUCUUCAUUGACAUCCUCCUGCAGGGUCCUACUACGGGACAGACAAUAUUGUACUGUAGUAGAGGUCUUAGUGAUGGAUAGAGCACGGGGAGAGAGAGCGAGGGAGAGAGAAAAGAUACAGAGACAUUUGUAAAACAGUGCCGAUGGAUUUUCCCUCCUUCAUAAUUAGAAAUGUUUUAUUUAUUUCAAUGUUAUUUAACCGUUAUAAUAGGUAGCGAUCCCUUGUGGCCAAAAUACGGUACUGGUUCUGGUCUUGUCUCUCUACUUGGGAGUGAUAGGCAGAAUUAAAAAGAAGCUAAUGUAUCCUCUCUCUCACCUAUUUCUCUCUCUCCGUCUCUCCUGUUCCUCUCGUCCAUGUUUUGAUAGAAGUAAACUGUUACUCAUUCUGUAUUCUGUAUCACCAUGGCACUACUACUGUUCUCCGUGCCCAUAUGACGUGUAUAACACGCCCAUGUCCAUGCUAUAUCAACGUACUAUGGAUGUGAAUAACAAAAUGCUCAUGUGAUCAUA